AUGAAUCUUGAAAAGUCUGAAAAAAAUGGGGGUUACUCUGAGAUUGAAGCUUCAGUGAUCAGUGAUAUCUCGGGGUUCCGCAUAGGAACGUUUCCUACUAGGUAUUUGGGUCUGCCUUUAAAUCCUAGCAGAAUCAGCUUCGCCACUCUCCAGCCAUUUCUCGAACGCAUCACCACUAAAUUGCACUCUUGGACUGCCAAGACUUUGUCAUUCAUAGGGAAAGUUCAACCAGUAUCCUCAAUAGUGUAUGAGAUGGCUAAUGUGUUCACUAACCAUUGCUGUUGGACCAUGGCAGAUUCUCAAAGAGUCUCUCCAAAUGUACGGAGCAUGAUCAGAGCAAGAGAAAGUGUGGCAGAGUUCUUGAGAUGUAGUGUUGGAGAUGGAUGUACCGCAAGCUUUUGGUACGACUAUUGGACAGAUCUAGGGCCACUGAUCUUGGAUUUGUGCGCUAAAGGUCCACAUGAUCUAAGGAUCAACCUUGAAUCUCCGGUUAUCUCAGCAGCGGUAGAUGGAAAUUGA